AUCAUGCUGGCCGAUGGAUGUUGCAGAGGAAUGGAGAGAGUCAGGGGUAAAAUUGCGUCAGAAUUGCCGAGAGCCACAUAUCCUCAGCAAUAUGUGCAGACUGGAGGACCCCAGCAGCAGCAGCAGCAGGGCAGCGACAUCCAGGAGCUCGCCUCCAAGCGCGUCGACAUCCAAAAGAAACGCUUCUACCUGGACGUGAAGCAGAGCGUGCGGGGACGCUUCUUGAAAAUAGCCGAGGUGUGGAUCGGCAGAGGCCGCCACGACAACAUCCGGAAAAGCAAGCUGACUCUGUCCAUGUCGAUGGCCCCCGCGCUUCGCUACUGUCUAGGGGACUUCAUAGACUAUUACGCCCGGAUCGGACUGCGGGGGGGCCUCGCGCCUCCGCCGCAGCUCGACGAGCUCGGCGGCAACGAGCACCAGGGCCGCAGGAGAGCGCAGGAGCCGGCGUCGUCUCCCACCGGCUCGGCGGCGUCGGAUGACCAUGCGCACCGCGUCCUCAAGAGCGAAUUCAUCGAGAGGGACAACAGAAAGUACUUUCUGGACCUGAAGGAGAACCAGAGAGGGAGAUUUCUGCGCAUACGACAGACUGUAAGCAAAGGCCACGGAACGAUGGGCUAUUACGGCCAAGGGAUCGAGCAGACCAUCGUGCUGCCCGCGCAGGGGCUCAUCGAGUUCAGGGACGCGCUCUCGCAGCUGAUCGAGGACUACGGCGACGACGAUUGCGACGAGCGCGGCCGAGCCGUGUCCAGGAACCACGACGACAGCCCGGAGCUUCCAGAGGCCGCGUCCUUUCGCGUGGACAACAAGCGCUUUUAUUUUGACGUCGGUUCCAACCGCUAUGGCGUCUUUUUAAAGAUCAGCGAAGUGCGCCAGCCGUACAGAAACACCAUCACCGUCCCUUUAAAAGCCUGGGCCAGAUUCGGGGAGAAUUUCAUCAGGUACGAGGAGGAGAUGCGCCGAAUUUUUACUUGUCACAAAGAGAAGAGCACAGACGCUCGGCAGGACAGCGAGGAGCAGGAGGACUGA